CCCCCCUCCCUCUCCCCUUUCGCUUUGAUUUCGCUCUCCUCCUCCCCUGUGCGCGCUGUGUGUGUGUGUUUUUCGCCUCCGCCGCCGCUCUCCACCGAGCCCCUUGGCAUGAGUUAAGCACCAGCGAUGGACACCAAACACUUCCUGCCACUGGAUUUCUCAAACCAAGUGAAUUCCACACCCCUGAACUCCCCGACGAGCCGAGGCCCCAUGGCCACCCCAUCCCUGCACCCGUCCAUCGGGCCGGGCAUCGGCUCCUCGCUGGGCUCCCCGGGCCAGCUGCACUCACCCAUCAGCACCCUGAGCUCACCCAUCAAUGGCAUGGGGCCACCCUUCUCCGUUAUCAGCUCCCCUAUGGGCCCACACUCGAUGUCUGUCCCCUCCACGCCCAGCCUGGGAUUCGGCACCAGCAGCCCACAGCUCAACUCGCCCAUGAACCCCGUCAGCAGCUCAGAAGACAUCAAACCACCCCUGGGGCUCAAUGGAGUCCUCAAAGUGCCAGCACAUCCCUCAGGAACAAUGGCCUCCUUCACCAAGCACAUAUGUGCCAUUUGCGGGGACAGAUCUUCAGGUAAACAUUAUGGGGUGUACAGCUGCGAGGGCUGCAAAGGCUUCUUCAAACGCACGGUGAGGAAGGACCUGACCUACACCUGCCGUGACAACAAGGACUGCUUGAUCGACAAGCGCCAGCGCAACCGCUGCCAGUACUGCCGCUACCAGAAGUGUCUUGCCAUGGGGAUGAAGAGGGAAGCUGUGCAGGAGGAGAGGCAGCGGGGGAAAGACCGCAAUGAGAACGAGGUGGAGUCGACAAGUAGCGCCAAUGAGGACAUGCCUGUGGAGAAGAUCCUGGAAGCAGAACUCGCCGUGGAGCCAAAGACAGAGACGUACAUUGAGGCAAACAUGGGCCUGACGCCGAGCUCGCCCAACGACCCGGUGACAAACAUUUGCCAGGCGGCCGACAAGCAGCUCUUCACCUUGGUGGAGUGGGCCAAGAGGAUCCCCCAUUUCUCAGAGCUGCCCCUGGAUGACCAGGUCAUCCUGCUGCGAGCAGGGUGGAAUGAGCUCCUCAUCGCCUCCUUUUCCCACCGCUCCAUAGCUGUGAAGGAUGGGAUCCUGCUGGCCACUGGGCUGCACGUGCACCGCAACAGCGCGCACAGCGCCGGCGUCGGGGCCAUCUUUGACAGAGUACUGACAGAACUCGUGUCGAAGAUGCGAGACAUGCAGAUGGACAAGACAGAGCUGGGCUGCCUGCGAGCCAUCGUCCUCUUCAACCCCGACUCAAAAGGUCUCUCCAACCCGGCUGAAGUGGAGGCAUUACGGGAGAAGGUGUACGCAUCACUGGAGGCGUACUGCAAGCACAAAUACCCCGACCAGCCUGGGAGGUUCGCCAAGCUCCUGCUCCGCCUGCCAGCCCUCCGGUCCAUCGGCCUCAAAUGCCUGGAGCACCUCUUCUUCUUCAAACUAAUAGGCGACACGCCGAUCGACACCUUCUUGAUGGAAAUGCUGGAAGCACCUCAUCAAAUGACUUAGAGAACUGCAGCUGGGUCAGUCCCUCACCCGGCCAGGGCCAUGCGGGCUCCGUCCUCUGCUUCCUCCUCCUCUGCCCCAGCCCCUUCCCUCUGCUCCCCAAAUGCUGGAGGCACCGUCCGAGCUUCUCCGCGUGGUCCCCGGGGCGAACCCACACCUCCCUGCCGUCUCAUCACGUUGACCCUUUUUGUCCGUUCGCUGUCACUGCUGCAUCUAAAGACCUCUGAUGGCUGUUUUUUCCCUGCGGUAGAUGUAGAGGAGUGGGGACGGAUGGCUUCGCAUCAGUGCUGGGUGGCACAUGUCAUGGGAGCAGGGACGGUCCCGUGCCAUCCCAGCCCUGCAGUGGGGUUUGGACGAGUCAAGGGAGUGGUUCGGCUCACCGGAUUGCAGCUGGCUAUUUUCAGAGGAUGGAGUUGUUUUUUUUUUGGUGGUGUUCUUGUUUUUUGUUUUUGUUUUUUUUUGGUUUUAAUUUUUUUUUUUUUUUUUUUGAAUAAGAGAAGAGAGAAAAAAAAAAAAAUUAUUCUAUUUUUGGUUUCUAACUAUUCUUAGUAGUCUCAGCAGUUCCUUCGCGAAGGGAGAGGCUGUGGGGAGGGGUGGCCCUCACUGGGCCCUAUGGGUGAGUCACCGUGGCUGCACAGAGCCUCCUCACUCAAAGCAAAGGGUUUGGGACUGAGCUCGAUGCCCAUCUAAACAACAUGGGGCUGCCCUGUUCCACUCUGCUGUCUCCAGUGAUGCUGCUCCUCUGGAACACGUGGCUGUGGAGUGCUUGCUUUAAGGCUGCCAGGGAUGUGGUUCCACCUUUUGCAGCUUAUGGAGAUCCUGCUGGGCCCCCUGCCCUUACUGCUGUGCCCAACGUCCUGGCACAGCCCUACAGGAGCUGCCUUAUUGCAGGAGCUGUCGUGCUGGAGCAGCAGGAUCUGGUGGCUCAGCAGUGCUCCUGCUGGAUUCUGUAGUCCUGAGGUCAUGCAGGGGCAUUUCCAGCCAGACGGUGGGCUCUUCAAAAUGCCCCACAUGCAGACUGUGGGGAGCAGCAGCCCUGCAAGCACUGGCAGCCCAUGCAUGGUGUUUCAGUAGCUGUGGUGCAAGGCACUGCAAGGCAGCAGUUGGUGGGAGCUCUCAGCCGUGCUGCUCCCUGGGGGCAUUCAUUGGCAGUGAUGCAGGAAUGGAGCUCACCGUCCCUGAAUAUCCCUCAUUGGAAUGGUGGAGCAUGUGUGCCAUUCACCUCACCAUCCUGCAUUAACCAGGUGAGAAAAUGAGAGAGAAAAUCAGUGCAAAGUCUCUCACUGGGGGUUUCUCCCUCCAUAGCAGGACUGUGUCCCCCGAACGCCAUGGGUUGGGGGGAACCAAGGCUGAGUGCCUGCAGUUGGCCUUAGACUGUGGGCUUUCCCAUGGCUUUUACGUCUGCUGUGCUUUAAGACAGCAAAGUGUUUGGUCCCAAAAAGAAUGCCAUCUCCUGCAUGUUCCCUCCUGGGGAACACAGUUGUCACCUGCCUGUUCUCACCUGCCUGUUCUCACCCCACUGGCAGCUCAAGUCCCAGCUCCAUCCCCAUCAGGCCAUCUCCUUGCUAGAGCAGUACACAGGAUUUCAGCUCUGGCCUGAAAUGGCAAAUCCACAGAGGUGGGGAAAAUCUUUUGGCCAUCUUUUUCCAGCAGCCUGCAUGCCGCUGAAAAUAUUAUUAAACAGCUUCACCCUGGAAGAAUUUGCCAAGAAAACAAGGCAAGAGAAAUGAAAUGUAGUGAGAGUGCCAGUAAACAGGGCUGCUCAGUGGCAGCAUAGUGUGAGGCUGGGGGCUGGCAGCAGUGAGAUCAGGGCGUGCUGGGGGUCGGUUGGCUGUGCACUAUAAUAAAUCUGGACCCUUGU